AUGGGUACCAACGGCAACAACAACAAUUUCAGAGUUGUCAAUGCUGACAACACAACGACCAACUCAUUCGAACGCCCUUAUGGCCUCGUUGAACCCACCAUUGCCUCCAUCGUUCUUGCUAAAACGGCUUGGGACGCCUUGCAUACCACCUAUGCAAAUAGGUCUCAAACCAGGGUCUUCAGCCUGCGUGAUCAACUUGCCCGCAUCACUAAAGACUCUCGCUCCAUCACCGAAUAUCUUCAAACUAUUCGGUCCCUCUCAGAUGAGUUAGCCACUGCGGGUGCCCCUGUGUCCAACCCCAAACUCAUCGUCAAAAUACUCAGUGGUCUAGGCCCUGAGUUUCGUGAGAUCUCUGCUGCCAUUCGUGCACGUGACACAAAUGUCACCUAUGAGGAAUUGUUUGAAAAAUUACUGGAUCAUGAACUCUUCCUCCGUCACGAGGAUGCUAAGAAACUAUCCACCCCCAUCACUCCGCAUACAAAUACAAAUUAUCGCAACAAUCGCAGUGCAAUAAUUUCCGAAUGGGCGCCGAAUUCACGCUCUAAUACUCAACCACGACGACUUGACAAACACGAGCCCAAAUACUGUUGUUCGCUGCCAACUAUGUAA